AUGGAGAUACACUGUAAGCACGACCCGUUUGCAGCGAUGCAUAGACAUGGAGGAGUGAAUCAAUUAGGGGGUGUUUUUGUGAAUGGUCGGCCGCUGCCUGACGUUGUUCGCCAAAGGAUUGUGGAACUAGCCCAUCAAGGUGUCCGACCUUGCGACAUCUCCAGGCAAUUGCGAGUCAGCCAUGGCUGCGUCAGCAAAAUUCUUGGCAGGUAUUACGAGACUGGAAGCAUUAAGCCUGGAGUUAUUGGAGGUUCAAAGCCAAAGGUUGCCACACCCAAAGUAGUAGAAAAAAUUGCAGAAUAUAAACGCCAAAAUCCCACCAUGUUUGCUUGGGAGAUCAGGGACAGACUUUUAGCAGAAAGAGUGUGCGAUAAUGACACAGUGCCCAGCGUUAGUUCAAUUAACAGGAUUAUUCGGACAAAGGUGCAGCAGCCACCUAACCAGCAAGUCCCAGCCUCAAGUCAUAGCAUAGCCUCCACAGGGUCUGUGACGCAGGUGUCUUCGGUAAGCACAGACUCAGCUGGCUCCUCCUACUCGAUUAGCGGAAUUCUGGGAAUUACUUCUCCCAGCGCUGAAAGCAACAAACGCAAAAGAGAGGAAGGUAUUCAGGAAUCUCCUAUACCAAAUGGCCAUUCGCUUCCAGGUCGAGACUUCCUUCGGAAACAAAUGCGGGGAGAUAUUUUCACUCAGCAACAAUUAGAAGUAUUGGAUCGAGUUUUUGAAAGACAGCAUUAUUCUGACAUCUUUACGACAACUGAGCCCAUCAAACCAGAGCAGUCAACAGAAUAUUCAGCCAUGACAUCACUAGCUGGUGGAUUAGAUGAAAUGAAGGCCAAUUUAACAAGCCCUACAUCAACAGAUAUAGGUGCCAGUGUCUCAGGACCACAAUCAUAUCCUAUUGUGACAGGGAGUGAGUUUUCUGGAAGUCCGUACAGUCACCCACAAUAUUCAACAUACAAUGAUUCCUGGAGAUUUCCUAACCCUGGAUUGUUAGGUUCUCCUUACUAUUACAGUGCUGCAGCCCGUGGAGCUGCUCCCCCAGCAGCCGCUGCUGCUUAUGAUCGUCACUGA